GAGAGUCUGGAGCAGAGACAAUUUUAACUUAGCCAUUCCUAAUUUAUCUCAAGCGUUUUCAAUUCAUCUUCACUGCUCUAUGCACACAGGAACACCAGAUUGCCAUCCCUGGGGAACAGAAUGCAACGGGGGAUCUAGAGAGCUGUCACAUUCCAAGAAAUAUUUAAAUUGUGCUGAUUUUCUUCUGGAGAACUGAGCCCAGGGAAUGAAACUCUCCAUCAAGUCAUAGCUUUGCGGGCAAUAGAUCAGAGGAUAUUGCCAGUUUUCUAAUGGAUUAUUGUUAUCGGGCAGGUUUUCUCUGAAGCUUCUCAGCGGCUGCUUUAUCCUUCUUGGAUGGAACUGGAAAUGAAGCACCAGAAUAUAUUAAAGAAAAUGUAAUGUGGAAAAACAGAAUGGUUUUAUGGACUGGAGAUCAGCCAGAUCAGUUGUAUGCACAAAGCCGUUUUGGAUCUGUCUUUUCAAACAAGAGCUGCAGAAAACGGUAUAGCAAGGUUGAAGCUUUAUUCCACUCUGAUUAUCCCAGAAAGAGUGAUUUGUAUGAGAAAGUCAUUCAACAGAAUCUAAAACUGUAUGAACAUUCUGUACAGGACAGAUUAUGACAACUUCUUUCUUAAGGAGAGAAUGUUUAAAUUUUAUCAAGUGAAACAUUUUUUUGAAAUACUGGAUAAAAUGAGAUGCCUGCGAAAACGUUCAACAGUGUCAUUCUUAGGAGUUCUUGUCAUUUUCCUUCUAUUUAUGAACUUAUACAUUGAAGAUAGCUAUGUGCUGGAAGGAGACAAACAACUUAUAAGGGAAACAUCCACCCAUCAACUGAAUUCAGAACGCUAUGUUCAUACUUUUAAAGAUUUGUCCAAUUUCUCAGGAGCCAUAAAUGUCACCUAUCGCUACCUAGCUGCCACGCCUUUACAAAGAAAGCGGUUUCUUACAAUUGGACUUUCAUCAGUGAAACGAAAGAAAGGAAACUAUUUACUUGAAACAAUUAAAUCUAUUUUUGAACAAUCCAGCUAUGAAGAACUAAAAGAAAUUUCAGUGGUGGUUCAUCUAGCAGAUUUUAAUUCAUCCUGGCGGGAGGUCAUGGUGCAGGAUAUCACGCAAAAAUUUGCCCACCAUAUUAUUGCAGGAAGAUUAAUGGUUAUACAUGCUCCAGAGGAAUAUUAUCCAAUCUUGGAUGGCCUUAAAAGAAACUACAAUGAUCCUGAAGAUAGAGUCAGAUUUCGUUCCAAGCAAAAUGUAGAUUAUGCCUUUCUGCUUAAUUUUUGUGCCAAUACUUCGGAUUAUUAUGUAAUGCUUGAAGAUGAUGUUCGAUGUUCAAAAAAUUUCUUAACUGCUAUCAAGAAAGUCAUUACAUCCCUUGAAGGAACUUACUGGGUAACUCUUGAAUUCUCUAAACUUGGUUACAUUGGAAAACUUUAUCAUUCUCGUGAUCUCCCACGCUUGGCACACUUUUUAUUAAUGUUUUAUCAAGAAAUGCCUUGUGAUUGGCUAUUGACACAUUUCCGAGGACUGUUGGCUCAGAAAAACGUAAUUCGCUUUAAACCAUCUCUUUUUCAGCACAUGGGUUAUUACUCCUCAUAUAAAGGGACUGAGAAUAAGUUGAAAGAUGAUGAUUUUGAGGAUGAGUCAUUUGACAUCCCUGAUAACCCGCCUGCAAGUUUUUAUACUAACAUCAAUGUCUUUGAAAAUUAUGAAGCAAGCAAAGCUUAUAGUACUGUUGAUGAAUACUUUUGGGGAAAAUCACCUUUAACAGGAGAUGUCUUUGUGAUAGCAUUUGAAAAUCCAAUUAUAAUUAAAAAACUUAAAGUAAGUACUGGAACAGAAGAUCGACAAAAUGACAUUUUACAUCAUGGAGCCCUAGAUGUUGGGGAAAAUAGUUUGUCUUUGAAACACAGUAGACAAUGUAUUAAUUUCAUAAGACUAGGAGAGUUCAAAAAUGGAAACUUUGAGUUAUCAGAUGUAAAUCAGAAAGUUCCAUUUGAUAUACAAUGUAUUAGGAUAUAUGUUACCAAAACACAAAAGGAAUGGCUGAUUAUCAGGAGUAUUAGCAUUUGGACUACUUAGCCAACUUCAUCACAUUGUUCAGUAACUGAAGCAGAUCCUGUUCCCUUUUCUUGGUAACUUCCUGUUUGGCUACCUUUGGCCUUUGAGAUAAAACAAUAGAUGGAUAUUUCUAAGAAACUCGGUCAUCUAGACACUUGAUUUACUCAUUGUCAAUAUAAUUUUAAUCAAAUUCACAUUUGUAUUUAUUUUAAUUCAUCAGUUUAAUAUAACCAAUAGUUUGUACUAAUGUCAUUUAUAUUUUUCAUAUAAUUUAUUAGUUCGAAAUUUUAUAUGGAAUAUCAAAAGUGUGACAUUAGGCAUAAAAUGAGAACAUUCACUUUAUUGGAUAAGUCUUUAAAAUAGUUGCAUUUGUAUAUAUUUUCUCAAGAAUGGAUAAUUCAUUAUAUAAUAAGCUUUUAUUAAGCAUCAGUGUGAAUAUGCAGUUGGAUACAAUGAUAAUCUGUGUUUUUUUCUUAUUAACUUAGGUUUCCAUAAACUUCUGUACAUCAAAAAUGAAUACUUCCUCAUGAAGUUAUGUAUUGCUAAAGAUUUGUAUGUAGGUGUGGGCAAUGAACGAAAAAAGUAUUAAAAGUACCUCUCCCUUGUUUAUUUAUACAUAAAGGAACGUUUUUUUUGUAUGAAAACAUUUAAUUGAACACCUAUUGUUAACAAGUUUUCUGUGAGAAGCAUUAAUUUUCUAGGUUUCAUUUAAAAAAUAAAGGAUUAGUUAUGCUCAAUA